AGGUUGCGAGAUGCAACUGUACGAGCGUUCCAAGAGCAGGAGUUAAGACCUCAGCCUGAGCUGGUUCUACGAUCGACUGAGGUCGUCGAUCCACAUGAUUAUGACGACAGAAAUCUUGACGAAAAUCAUGAUCGCACCAAAGAUUACGAACAGACAGAUAGUAAUGAGGUGAAUAUUUAA